AUGUCUCUCAUCCGCACGCUCACACAGAACCCGCAUCCCAUCGCCUCCCUCUACCGCGGCCUGACACCGAACCUUAUCGGCAACGCAUCAAGCUGGUCCGCCUUCUUCUUCUUCAAGUCGCGCGUCGAGCGCGCCAUCGCUCUCUGGAGAGCCGGCUACAUGCCGCUGACGAGCGGCUCCGGCGCCGACGCCCGCAACCUGACCAAGGAGUACCUCACCACCCAGGACUUCUUCGUGUCGUCUGCGCUCGCCGGAGCGCUGACGCAGGUCCUAACGAACCCGGUCUGGGUCCUCAAGACGCGUAUGCUCUCAUCCGACCGCACCGCCGCGGGCGCCUACGCCAAUAUGUGGACCGGCGCGCGGCUGCUGUAUCGCUCCGAGGGUCUCCGGGGCUUCUACCGCGGUCUCGGCGUCAGUCUGAUCGGGGUCUCGCACGGCGCGGUACAGUUUGCCGUAUACGAGCCCGCCAAGAAGAUGUAUUUCGCCGGAAGGCAGCGGAAGGGCGACAAUGGCGGGCGGUUGAGCAACGAGGCGACGGUGGUCAUCUCGAGCGUUGCGAAGCUGGUCGCGGGGGCUGUAACGUAUCCCUACCAGGUGCUCCGGAGUCGACUACAGAACUACGACGCCGAUGAGAGGUUCGGACGGGGUAUCCGGGGUGUUGUGAAAAGGAUUUGGCAGGAGGAAGGCGCCAGAGGUUUCUACAGAGGCCUGAUGCCGGGAGUCGUCAGGGUGAUGCCGGCUACAUGGGUCACUUUCCUUGUGUACGAGAACGUCAAAUACUACUUACCACAGUGGGUGGCCUAG